CUGGGGCCAACAUGGCGGCCUCCAGGUCAGGACCGGCUUCGAGUCCCGGCGCCGCAGAGGCCGAGGAGGAGACGAUCCUCUACGACUUGUUGGUCAACACCGAGUGGCCGCCGGAGACCGAAGUGCAGCCUAGAGGUAACCGAAAGCAUGGAGCAUCAUUCAUCAUCACGAAAGCAAUCAGAGAUCAUUUAUUAUUUUUACGCCAAUACAUCUGGUACAGCCCUGUACCUUUCUUGCUCCCUGAUGGACUGGUUCGCUUGGUUAAUAAACAGAUCAAUUGGCAUUUGGUUCUUGCAAGCAAUGGAAAGCUGCUGGCUGCUGUUCAAGAUCAGUGUGUGGAGAUUAGGUCUGCUAAAGAUGAUUUUACAUCUAUUAUUGGGAAAUGUCAAGUUCCCAAAGACCCCAAGCCUCAGUGGAGACGGGUGGCGUGGAGUUAUGAUUGCACACUGCUGGCCUAUGCUGAGAGCACUGGCACUGUGAGGGUGUUUGACCUCAUGGGGAGUGAGCUCUUCGUCAUUUCCCUGGACUCCAGUUUUGCAGGUGAUUUGAGCUAUGCCAUUGCUGGCUUGAUAUUUUUAGAAUACAAAGCAAGUGCACAGUGGUCUGCAGAACUCCUGGUCAUCAAUUAUCGAGGAGAACUUAGAAGUUACCUUGUAAGUGUUGGGACAAAUCAGAGCUACCAGGAGAGCCACAGUUUCAGCUUCAGCAGUCAUUACCCGCAUGGGAUAAACACUGCUGUCUACCAUCCUGCUCAUAGACUUCUACUGGUUGGUGGAUGUGAAACUGCUGGAGUGGGCAUAUCGAAAGCGUCCAGCUGUGGCCUUUCUGCAUGGAGAGUCCUCUCAGGAUCCCCUUAUUAUAAGCAAGUUACUAAUGGUGGAGACAAGGUCACUGCGGUCCCGAAGACACUGGGAUUAUUAAGGAUGAUAAGUGUCAAGUUUUACAGUCGCCAGGGACAAGAACAGGAUGGAAUCUUCAAGAUGAGCCUUUCUCCUGAUGGGAGCCUCCUUGCAGCCAUCCACUUCUCAGGGAAACUGAGCAUCUGGGCCAUCCCAUCCCUAAAACAGCAGGGGGUCUGGGAUCAAAAUGAGCAGCCAGGGUUUGAUGAACUUAAUCCUCAUUGGAGGCUUUCUACUGAGAAGAGAAAGAAACUAAAAGAUAAAGAGACCUUUUACCCGCUGAUUGAUGUCAACUGGUGGGCAGAUGGUGCAGUGAUUUUGGCUCGAUGCUCUGGUGCUCUAACUGUUUCAUCAGUGAAAACCUUGAAGAAUCUCCUGGGAAAGUCCUGUGAGUGGUUUGAACCAUCACCUCAGGUCACUGCUACCCAUGAUGGGGGAUUUUUAAGUUUGGAGUGUGAGAUUAAACUUGCCCCCAAACGAUCCCGGUUGGAGCUGCGGGCUGGUGAAGAAGAUGAAGGAGAAGAAGAAUCUGACUCUGACCAUGAAACAUCUGCGAAGGCUCGCUACUUUGGUUACAUAAAACAGGGCCUUUACCUGGUGACCGAGAUGGAGCGGUUUGCGCCUCCUCGGAAGCGCCCUCGGACCAUUACUAAAAACUACCGCCUUGUGAGUUUGCGCUCCACAACUCCUGAGGAGCUUUAUCAGAGAAAGAUUGAAAGUGAAGAGUAUGAGGAAGCCUUGUCUUUGGCUCACACCUAUGGCCUGGAUACUGACCUUGUCUAUCAGAGGCAGUGGAGGAAGUCAGCUGUCAACAUUGCCUCAAUUCAGAAUUACUUGAGUAAAAUAAAGAAGCGAUCCUGGGUUCUUCAUGAGUGUUUGGAAAGAGUUCCUGAAAAUGUGGAUGCUGCCAAAGAAUUACUUCAGUAUGGAUUAAAAGGCACAGACCUGGAGGCGCUUUUAGCAGUUGGGGAAGGAACAGAUAAUGGCAGAUUUAUAUUACCUGGUGAAGUAGACAUCGACACUAUCUCCUUUGAGGAGCUCUCGCCACAGGGUGAAGAGCCUGCCGUGAAUAAGGAGGGAAAAAAACUUAAGAAGAGACAGGAACUACUGAAACUAGUGAACUUUUCCAAGUUGACAUUGGAACAAAAGGAACUUUGCCGUUGUCGACUGAAAUUAUUAACUUACUUAGAUCGACUUGAAACAUAUGAGGAGAUCCUAGGAGUGAGUCACGCAUCUGCACAGAGCUAUGAUGCUGAGUUCUUUAAGAAGUUCCGAAGUCAGAAUAUCGUUCUCUCAGCAAGAACUUACGCUUGGGAAAGUAAUGUCCAAGCCCUAGAAAUUCUGUUCACUUACCAUGGUGCUGACCUUCUUCCUCAUCGCCUCCCGAUUCUGUCCAAUUUUCCCGAAACCACUUCUCCACAUGAAUACUCGAGUUUGCUGCCUGAAGCGAGUUGCAGUGGAAGUUCCCUGAUGGUCAUUCCUUGGCAUGAACAUAAACACCGGGCUAAAGAUUGGUGUGAGGAGCCAAAAUGCAGAAUGGUGGUUGAGCCAAGUCUCCAAGAUGAAAGUGAGUUUUUGUAUGCUGCACAGCCUGAGUUACUACAGUACAGGACCAGCGAGCUUUCUGUUGAGAAGGUCAUGGACUGGUACCAGAGCAGAGCAGAGGAGAUAGAGCAUCAUUCCCGGCAGGUUGACUGUGCGUUGUCGCUUGUUAGACUUGGAAUGGAGCGGCAGAUUCCUGGUUUGCUAGUUCUGUGUGAUGACUUGGUGACACUGGAAACACUAGUUUAUGAAGCCGGGUGUGACUUAACACUGACCUUGAAAGAACUCCAGCAGAUGGAAGACAUUGAAAAACUGAGAUUACUGAUGAAUAGUUGUUCUGAGGACAAAUAUGUGACAAGUGCCUACCAGUGGAUGGUUCCCUUUCUUCAUCGUUGUGAGAAACAGUCCCCUGGUGUGGCUAAUGAGCUAUUGAAAGAAUAUUUAGUAACUUUAGCUAAAACAGACUUAAAAUUUCCCCUGAAGAUAUUUCAGCAUUCCAAACCAGACCUGCAGCAAAAAAUUAUUCCAGAUCAGGACCAGCUGAUGGCAGUAGCACUAGAGUGCAUCUAUAACUGUGAACGGAAUGACCAGCUCUCUCUCUGUUACGACAUCUUAGAAUGUCUGCCACAACGGGGAUAUGGUCUUAAGACAGACAUAACUACUACUCUCCAUGAUAUGGUAGACCAACUGGAAAAGAUUCUAAGUGUGUCAGAGCUUUUGGAAAAACAUGGACUUGAGAAACCAAUUUCAUUUGUUAAAAACACUCAGUCUAGCUUCGAAGAGGCUCGGAAGCUGAUGGUUAGAUUGACGAGACACACAGGCCGGAAACAGCCUCCUGUCAGUGAGUCUCACUGGAGAACAUUGCUGCAGGACAUGUUAACUAUGCAGGAGAACGUGUACACAUGCCUAGACGCGGAUGCUUGUUAUGAGAUAUUUACUGAAAGCCUUCUGUGCUCCAGUCGCCUUGAAAACAUCCACCUGGCAGGACAGAUGAUGCAACACACUGCCUGUUCAGCAAAUCUUCCCGCUAUUGCAUCCCAUAAAGGAAGGCCUCAGUACAGGGUCAGUUACCACAAAAGCAUUGACUUGGUCUUGGCUGCCAGCAGAGAGUACUUCAACUCAUCCACCAACCUCACUGACAGUUGCAUGGAUCUGGCCAGGUGCUGUUUACAGCUGAUAACAGAUAGACCCUCUGCCAUUCAGGAGGAGCUUGACCUCAUCCAGGCACUUGGAUGUCUUGAAGAAUUUGGAGUAAAGAUCUUGCCUUUGCAAGUGCGACUGUGCUCAGAUCGAAUCAGCCUCAUUAAGGAGUGUAUUUCCCAGUCUCCCACAUGUUACAAACAGUCUGCUAAGCUUCUCAGCCUGGCGGAGUUGCUCAAGGUUGCAGGUGAAGACCCAGAAGAAAGGCGUGGACAAGUUCUAAUCCUUUUAGUAGAGCAAGCACUUCGUUUCCAUGACUACAAAGCAGCAAAUAUGCAUUGUCAGGAGCUGAUGGCCACAGGUUAUCCUAAAAGUUGGGAUGUUUGUAGCCAGUUAGGACAAUCAGAAGGUUACCAGGACUUGGCCACUCGACAAGAACUCAUGGCUUUUGCUUUGACACAUUGCCCUGCUAGCAAUAUUGAACUUCUUUUGACAGCCAGCAGCAGUCUACAGGCACAAAUUCUGUACCAAAGAGUGAAUUUUGAGAUCCAUCCUGAAGGAAGAGAAAACAUCAGUGUUUCAUCAUUAAUUAAUAAACCAUUACAGGAGGAUGAAGUGAGUGCUCUGGGCAAUAAUUCAGCUGAUCUAUUACACUGGACCACUGCCACUACCAUGAAAGUCCUUUCCAACACUACGACCACCACCAAGGCCGUGCUGCAGGCUGUCAGUGACGGGCAGUGGUGGAAGACGUCUUUGGCUUACCUCCGGCCCCUCCAGGGGCAAGAAUUUGGUGGUGCUUAUCGAAAGGGAAUUGUAGCCAAUGAAGAUCUAGAAAAACAAGGCUGUCAUCCCUUUUAUGAAUCAGUCAUCUCAAAUCCCUUUGUCACUGAGUCAAAUGUGACCUAUGACACCUACCAGCAUGACUCUGUGGAAAGCUUCGCAGAAGUAUUACUGAGAACUGGAAAACUGGCAGAGGCUAAAACUGAAGAAGUGUUUCCGACAACAGAAGUUCUAUUGCAACUGGCAAGUGAUGCUUUGCCUAAUGAUAUGAUGUUGGCUCUUGCUUAUCUCCUCGCCUUACCACAGGCUGAUCCCAAAGAGCUAAUCAAGAUGGUCACGAGGCACGUGACUCGACAUGGGCACGAAGCCUGGCCUGAGGACCUUGUGUCACUGACCAAGCAGUUACACUACUACAAUGAGCGGCUCCUGGAUUUCACUCAGGCUCAGCUCCUUCAGGGGCUCCGGAAGGGUGUGGAUGUGCAGAGGUUUACCGCAGACGAUCAGUAUAAGCGGGAAACCAUCCUUGGUCUGGCAGAAACUCUUGAGGAGAAUGUCUACAGCAUUGCUCUUUCCCUGGCCCAGCGCUAUCAUGUCUCCCAGUGGGAGGUCUUUAUGACCCAUUUGGAGUUCCUGUUUGCAGACAGUGGUUUGUCCACAGGAGAAAUUGAAGAGCGAGCCCAGACCCUUCAUCUCUUUGAGACUUUGAAGACUGAUCCUGAAGCCUUCCACAAGCACAUGGUCAAGUAUAUUUACCCCACCAUUGGUGGCUUUGAUCAUGAAAGGUUACUGUAUUAUUUUACACUUCUGGAAAAUUGUGACUGUGCAGACAUUGGGAAUCCUGCCAUUAAACCAGAAACCCACAUCCGGCUGCUGAAGAAAUUUAAAGUAGUUGCAUCAGGUCUUAAUUAUAAAAAGUUGACAGAUGAAAACAUGAGUCCUCUUGAAGCACUGGAACCUGUGCUUACAAGUCAGAAUAUCUUAUCUAUUUCCAAGCUUGCUCCCAAAAUCCCCGAAAAGGAUGGACGCAUGCUUUCACCAAGCUCUCUGUACACUGUUUGGUUACAAAAGCUAUUCUGGACUGGAGACCCUCACCUCAUCAAGCAGGUCCCAGAGUCUGCCCCCGAAUGGUUUCGUGCCUAUGAUGUCUGCAUGAAGUACUUUGAUCGCCUCCACCCGGGUGACCUCAUCACUGUGGUGGAUGCAGUUACAUUUUCUCCAAAAGCUGUGACCAAGCUGACUGUGGAAGCACGUGAAGAAAUGACUAGAAAGGCCAUCAAGACAGUCAAACAUUUUAUUGAGAAGCCAAGGAAAAGAAAUUCCGAAGAAGACAUUCCAGAAGCCGGUGAUUCUAAAGUGACCUAUGCAGAUACUUUGCAUCAUCUGGAGAAAUCACUUGCCCACCUGGAAACACUCAGCCACAGCUUCAUUGUUUCUCUGAAGAGUAGUGAGCAGGAAACACUGCAGAAAUACAGUCACCUCUAUGAUCUGUCCCGAUCUGAAAAAGAGAAGCUUCAUGAGCAAGCUGUGGCCAUGUGUUUAGACGGGCAGCCUCUCCGGAUGAUUCAGCAGCUGCUAGAGGUGGCGGUUGGUCCUCUGGAUAUCUCACCCAAGGAUGUAGUACAGAGUGCAGUUAAGAAAAUAAUUUCUGUGUUGAGUGGUGGCAGUGCCCACCUUGGUGGGGCGCGGGACCCCCUCCAGGUCCUGGAACGUGUUGUUGCAGCAGUUCAUGCCAGUGUGGACCAAGGAGAGGAGCUGGUGUCUUCUGAGGACCUGCUGGAGUGGCUGCGGCCUUUCUGUGCUGAUGAAGCCUGGCCUGUGCGGCCCCGCAUUCAUGUGCUGCAGAUUCUGGGGCAGUCCUUCCACCUGAGUGAGGAGGAUGGCAAGCUCCUGGUGUUCUUCAGGACAGAAGCCAUUCUCAAAGCUGCUUGGCCCCAGAGGCAGGUGGACAUGGCUGACGUAGAGACUGAGGAGAACCGCUACUCUCUGUUCGUCGAACUCCUGGAAGCUAGUCACCAUGAGGUCGAGUUUCAGCAUUUGAUUUUGCUCCUGCAAGCAUGGCCACCGAUGCAGGGUGACAGUGUAAGCAGCACCAGCAGUAAUCCAUGGGUAAGGCUAGCCACUGUGAUGCUGACCAGAUGUACAGUGGAGAACAGGAAGGAGCUGGGGAAUGAGGUGUUAAAAAUGUGCCGCUCCUUGUACGACACCAGGCAGAUGCUGCCUGCAGAGAGUGUGAAGGAGCUGAGUCUGCUGCUGCUUCGCCAGUCCCUCCUGCUCCCCUCCCUGAAGCUCCUCCUGGAAAGCCAAGAUGAGAGCCUGCAUGCUGUGGCCCUGCAGCAGAUCUCAACUGUCACUGAGGUGAACGAUUCCAAUUGUGACCAGGAACUUCUUUCCCUGCUCCUGGACGCCCGGCUGCUGGUGAAGUGCAUCUCCACCCGCUUCUAUCCGCAUAUCAUUGACCACCUCUUGACCAGCAUCCAGCAGGGGCGCUGGGAUGUGGAGGAGCUGGCUCGACACCUGCGGGGGGCCGGCCACGAGGCUGAAGCCGGGUCGCUGCUCCUGGCUGUGCGGGGGACUCACCGGGCCUUGAGAACUUUCAGCACUGCCCUCAGUGCAGCGCAGCACUGGGUGUGAGCGCUGGGUGUGAGGCCAGCAGGCCCUGCCCCUGAGCGACAGGGCCUUGUGCUGGACCUGCACACUGGUCCCGUGGGGAGCAGGAGGCAGUUCCAACAAGUUUCAA